AUGGCCCUGGUCGAUUAUAUGUCGUCCGACGAGGAAGAUGUUGAAGACGAAGACCUUCCUCAUGACAAUCAAGUCAACCAAGUCAACCAAGUCAACCAAGUCAACAACAGAGAACAUGAUGAAAAGAAUGUCUACACAAAAACAGUCACACCAAGUAAUUUAAAGCGAAAGCGAGAUAUCUCUUCAUCAUCAUCAUCAUCCGAAUUACCUCCCCUGCCCUCCAAAUUUCAUGAUCUUUAUGCCUCAACCGUGAGGAACAGUACAAGAGAUGAUCCAAGCUUACAUGGAGGAAGAAAAAGAGUGACUCCUCAUGUUGAGGAAUUUGAUCUUAUAUCAUCCUUGAUCUCGAAAGUUGAGUCGUUCAAAACCCACGACAUUCAAACAUUUUUGUCAAAUGAUCUUGGGGUCCCUCUUCCCUUACAUGUCAGUCUUUCACGAUCAAUUGGCUUUUCUAAAGAUGUAAAAGAUACCUUCUUGACUUCAUUCGAACAAGUCAUAAAGCCCUCCGGAGUUCGUCCUUUUGAGAUGGGUUUCUCCGGUUUAGCUUGGGUUCCUAAUUAUGAAAAAACUCGAUGGUUUUUGGUUCUCCGCGUCAAUACACCGGAAAGCAAUGCCUUGAACAAAUUACUUCACGUGAGUAAUAAAGUCGUGGAAGAAUUUGGACAGCCGCCCCUGUACGCAAAUUCUAGAACGAGUGUAAAUGGUCAACAAGUAGCAAGAGGUGCUCACCACUCUCAACACGGCAAACCUUUCAGAGGCAAGACACAGCAAAAAAAGGAUAUUUUCAAUGACAUGGCUGAUUUAUCAGACGCAUUUCAUAUUAGCAUUGCGUGGACACUAUUGCCUCCAGACCAGGAACUCAUUGAAGCUACUGAACGAUUGACAGCCAACGAAUUGACGAAAGUAAAGCAGAUUCAAAUAAAGACAGAGGAAAUCAAAGCAAAAAUUGGUAAUGUUGUCACCAACGUGCCCCUUCCUGUGGGCAUUACGGAAGGCAAAAGCCUGUUCGGGUUUUCCAGUCGAGAUCUCACUCGUACUAUCAGUCACAAACAGGUGUUGUCUACGGCUAACUCUACAAAAUCUCGUCAAAUUAAAGGCAGAAUCAUACCUUCGCUGAAAGAAUUCCGCCCAGUCUGCGCCCUAUGCGAUUUCCAUGCCACCCAUGCCAAUACUGCACUAAAAACGCUCACUACCGUAGCUAUGGUACCGAAAACUAUCUGA